AAAGGGAUUUCGCAGUAGCUCUGACUCUUCGAAAAUGAAGCCUGUCUUUUGUGGAAACCUGGAUUUCGAUGCGCGACAAUCUGAUGUUGAGAGACUCUUCAGAAGAUACGGGAAGGUCGAAAGAGUGGACAUGAAGUCUGGAUUACUUGGAAGUUGGAAUGUCCAUGCUCUUGGAUGGAUGUGCUUCCCUGCAUUUCUUUUCUAGAAUGUGCCCCAGAUUCUCCUUCUUGUAUUUUUCCAGAAGAAAUAAUAUGAUCCGUCCUUGCUCUGCCAUUCUGCAUUCCCUCAGCAUUCAUUCCUUUUUCAUUCCUCAUGACUUUUGCUCAGUGUUCAAUUUCCGACAUGUUUCAACAUAGAAACCAUGAUGAUUUCGCAACUGUGGCAGGUGUUGUGGAUUUGCUUUUGUCUACAUGGAAGACGAACGUGAUGCUGAAUAUGCAAUCAGAAGACUUGAUAGAACAGAAUUUGGUAGAAAGGGGCGCCGGAUUCGCGUUGAGUGGACUAAGCAAGAACGUGACAGUAGAAGGUCUGCUGAUUCAAGAAAACCUGCAUCGAAUAUGAAACCGUCCAAGACUUUGUUUAUUAUAAAUUUUGAUCCUGUACAUACCAGGACAAGGGAUCUGGAGAGACACUUUGAUCCCUAUGGGAAAAUAUCAAAUAUAAGGAUCAGAAGGAAUUUUGCUUUUAUUCAGUAUGAAUCCUUGGAGGAUGCCACUAGAGCUUUGGAGGCAACUAACCUGAGCAAGUUUAUGGAUCGUGUUAUCACAGUAGAGUAUGCUAUAAGAGAUGAUGAUGACAGAAGGGAUGGACAAAGUCCUGAUAGAAGAGGUCGUGUUUCUCCUGAUGGGAGAUAUGGUCGUGGAAGAUCCCCGAGUCCAUAUCGUAGAGGCAGGGGUAGCCCGGAUUAUGGUCAUGGAUCAAAUCCAGCUUCCAGACCAGAACCAAGAGGAAGCCCCAAGUAUGAACGUGCUGAAAGCCCGCAAAAUGGGAGAUAUGAUAGCCGGUCUCCACCACCCCGAGAUAGGUCGCGAUCCUGAGGAGUAGCUGAUUAUAAUUCUGUGAAAUUAUUGUUAGUAGUCUAUGUUCAUUUCAUUCUGACUUGUUUUAGUCCAUAGUUCAGCAACAAAGAAAACUCGAACUUGUUUAUUGUAUUUACUUUUAUGUAUGGUUAGAAUUUUUUAUGCUUAAUGUGCUAAGAGAUUAUAUAUUUAUAUUAGAUGUUCUUAUGUUACUCAUCAAA